GGAUGGUGGCCGGGCACAGGGGACGAGCCAGGGCCACUCGCGCAGGGAGCAGAGGCAGGGCCGAGGGCCGAGGAGGAGCUCCCCACCCCGGGGCAGCAGCGGGGCCCGGAGGAGCAGGGCCCGGAGGAGCAGGGCCCGCAGCAUGACAGAAGAAGCCCCCGCAGGUGCCACCAUGCCGGCCUGCAAUGGCAGCGUCCCCCCGGGGGACGGCCCGCUCCAGGUCAUCGGUGGCAUCCAAGAAAUCGCAAAAUCUCUCGGGACGGUCCCGUACGCAAACGAGGAGACGAGCCCUGACACCUCACCUGCAAGGGAAAAUCCGGAGGAAAAUAGGAAUUCAUUGGCAGAGGACACCACUCCUGAGAAUUGUGCUGGAGAGAAGCGAUGCCAAGAAAAGCGAGAGGAGAGCGUUGGGACACUACAGCAGGGAGCAGCGGAUAUCCAGGACACAGGGACCAGUGGCCAGGGAUCAGGGGAAGGGCCGGGUGGCACAGCGGGGACAGCCACGGCCGCUCCCGGCACGGAGGAGCCGGAGACCCUGCCCGACAGCGGCCAGCCCGGAGGGAAUGCGGCCGAGGAGGAGGAGGAGGAGGAGGAGGAGGAGGACACGGAAGAGGAUGAAGUCCAGGUGAUUGAAAUGAAGAAGGAGAAGAGCGAGGCGCCCCGCCUGCAGCAGCGAGACAGCGGCAAACAAACAUCGCCCCCCGGCAGCCCCGGCUGCAACUCCCCGCUGGAGAAAGGGGCCGAGCAGCCCAGCCUGGGGAAAAAGAACGACAUCUCCAGACACAGCUACUCCAGAUACAACACAAUCUCCUACCGGAGGAUCCGUAAAGGAAACACCAAACAGCGGAUCGACGAGUUUGAGUCCAUGAUGCACUUAUGAACUGAGGGGGAAGAGCCUAACGCACCAAGCCUUUGCUCUGGGCUUGGUUUGAUUUUACUCCCCCAAAACCAGUCUCUUCACACAACACAAGGUCACUGCUUUUCUUCUUUUUGUACAUGAUUUAUAAUACACUGUGAAAAUUUAACAUCUUGGCUUUGACGGGGCAGAGGCAUCCAUAGCGCAGGAAAAUAAAUAAUCAGUUUGCUAAAUACA